AUGAUUUUGUGUUUCCACUGCAGCUUUCUGUUUCAACAGUUGGUUAUCGUCCCUCUUCUCGUUGCGCUCACUCCUUGGGAGAUGAUCCGAAACGGGGCAGACAUUUCCUUGCAAGAUGCUCUGGAUGCUACGAACUCCUUAGUUCUACGAUCUCUCAAGAAGCCGAACAUUGUCGAUGAACCCGCUGGGCUUGUGGCGCCAGUGCAUCUCCCCAUCGAGACAUUCACGGACAAGACUUCGAAACUCAAGCAUGCCUUCGACGUCGUAGGUGAGAUUGAUUUUGGACAUGAGCUCAAAGAAAAAGUAAGCCAUUGUGUCCGCACAAACACUCUCCAUCUACUACCAGAACCGUUCGGCUUCAAGAAGCUUCCAGAUAUCACCGUUGAGCUACAACUUGCAGUCGUCCCUACCCGGAACCCCAACAAGUUCUUCUUGGUGAAACAUUUCAUCACAGAGCAGCAAGUGAAGGCGUCAUACUUGCGAGAUCUCUGCUUCGGUACACCCAACAUCGUGAGUUGGGGUGGGUCGGCUAAGAAUCUCCGGAAGGCCUUGCACUACAUGUUCGAAAAAAUGGGGGGGUAUCAGGUCGUGCGGUACUCCUUGCAAGCCUCGGCUGUUGCUUCCGAGUCAAAGAAUGUUUUCUUUCACAGCCUCUCUGAGGAGGACAUUGAUGCAGGCUUCGAUUUCAUUGAGAGGGAAGGUCCUCCAACCCAUCACUGCAACACCCAACUUAGGUGGAUAUGCAAACAGCUGAGCCAGGAAGACAGUCCCAUUUCUCAGUGGCCAGAACGUCUCAUCAAAGAAGCACUUCGAAACCUUAUGUCUGACGGUGUUCUCGCCUUACCAGUUACUGAUUACCCUCUCACCCUCGUGGAUGUGAACCCUGUCAUUCUGAACAUCUUAGAGAAGAUCUUCCCCCUGUUUAAUGACAAGGCUGUCGGCAUGCACGGUCUCCCCAAUGUCGGCAAGACGCCACUCGCAAGAAUCAUUGCCAUGGCCAUGUCAAGGUACUGGGUCGAGAGGUUGAAGUCCAAGUACAAGCCAGCCUACCGGGAGUCCUCUGAAUUCGAAGGAAGGUCAUCAGGCAACACCAUCAGUCACAAGGAGUUGCUCGCCAUGCUCGAGCCAUCAUGGAUGAAGGGAACAGGCCUCCCAGACAUCCUUGCCGUGCUCAAGCGAACUUGCAUUCUCAUCAUCACGUCAAAGUACUUUUACUGUCGCCCAGCUACGGAUAAGGAGGUUUCGGUCCCUCGAAUUCCUUUGGAUGAAUCAGCUCCUCUCCUACGUGAGUCCAGUGGCCCAAAGUACAUGCAGUAUCGACGGGGAGACAGAUUUCCUCCCGAUGAGUCUCAUCUUGCAUGGGAACGAGCAUGGAUGCACAGUGUCAUGGACAACAACAGCAUGAACAUGCCAGAGACGCCGUACGAAAUUCGUGGGGGAGGGCUUUUCGGUGAUGCUCCUGAUGCCAAUCGUCUUCAACUUGUCGUACCAGCCAUUGUGAAGAAGGAGCCACGAGCGUUUCCCCGGUCAUUGUCAUUGGGUCCAAACUCAAUUGUGGAUUUGGACAACACUCCCCCAAAGAAGAAGGUGAAAUCGGAAAGCUUGCUGGACGUGAAGAGCGAGCCCAAGACAUCAAGUCCAUUGCCUUGUCAGUACGAACUCAUUGACCUAGUGUCCGAUGAUGAGAAGCCCAUGUCUCCAUCCUCUCCAUGCACAGAUCUCCCAGCACAUCCCGCGGAGCCUACAGGAUACUCACCUACCGCCGCAUGGUCCCAGUACCCAGAGAAUCCAGAGUUUUCGGGUCUUGAUGAUGGUGAUGAGAUGGACGUUGCUGAGGACUAG